CACAAACCCCCUUUUGCCAACACCGCCUACCAAAACAGGGGACGACAAGCGCCGCACACAUCGGAGGGUUGACAAAUGCGGGAUAUGGGGGUUGAGGAUGAUGUGCCUCUGGGGGGUCUGGACAUAAAGGGCGCGUGGGGACCCCGUCCUGGGUUCUCGUCGGUGUUGGCCUUUUGCGAUUCCCAGCAUCAACCUUGGACAUUCAACCGACCGCAGUCUAACCCCCCCUCCCAGACGACCCGACCCGCACCCUUCGGUCGCGUGCAUCGCAUUGUGCCGGACCGUGCACAACCUUCCUUGACCUAGACCUAGACCAAAAUGACCAGCGGCUCGUGCCUGUGCGGGGCCUCCAAGAUAUUCAUCUCGGGCGAGCCAUCCGGCGUGGUCACAUGCCACUGCCGCGACUGCCGCAAGAUAUCAGGCAGCGUUUACAGCGUCAACUGGGUGGUGCCGUCGACGAACGUGAGCGUGGUCGGGCACGGCCUCAGCUCCGUGGCCGUGACGGCCGGCAGCGGCAACCGCAUCACGGGCUAUUUUUGCAGCGGCUGCGGCACCACGCUGUACCGCGCCUCGGACGGCGUCCCGGGCCUCUGGUUCGUAAAGGCCGGCGUGCUCGACGGCGAGGCCGCCCUGGCCGCCCACCCGCCCGCCGGCGAGAGCUUCGUCGGCACCCGCGUCGGCUGGGUGCCCAAGCUCAAGGACGUGCAGCAGGCGGACGGGCACUGCAAGCUGUGAGCCGGGUGGG